AUGGCAUGUCCACGUCACCGCGUCGCGAACGAUGUCACUCCUCGCCCGAAUCGCUUCGUCCGCGGUCGAUCACUCCGAUCGUCCACUGAGCAGUUGACCAGGACUCCGAUACUGAUUGUUUCCGAUCUCGACGGAACCAUGGUCGGGAACGACGAGUACACGCGCGCUUUUCGUCAAUUUUGGGAAUCGAGCGCCAAACCUCCGGGGUCGAAGCUCGUGUACUCCACCGGUCGCUCCUUGGAGUCGUUCACGCGCCUGAUUGAGGCCAAGGCGGACGUCUUGGUGCAACCGGACGGACUCAUCUGCGCCGUCGGUACAAAGGUGUUUCAACGAGCCAGCGACGACGCGUCGACGGCUUGGACAGAAGACGUUCAGUGGACCGCAGCUUUGGAUGUGAACUGGUCCUGCGAACUUGUCACAAGAGCGGCUCAGGAGGCGAUCGAUGCGUGCGGACAUGAGAACGCGCACUUUCAACCAGCGGAUGAACAAAACAGACACAAGGUCACCAUAGGCGUCAGGGACGAGAUAGUGAGCGAAGUAGAGACUAUGAUUCGUCAAGCGUGCGACUCAAACGGGUUAGAUUACACGGUAAUCGUGAGCGGAUCGGGAGGGUGGAAAUUCGUGGACUGCGUGAGCGCUGGCGCCGGGAAACUUGAGAGUCUCGAGUAUGUCCGAAAACGAUUAGGCUUCGAACUCCUCGACACCGUCGCGUGUGGCGACAGUGGGAACGAUAUUUUGAUGUUAUCUGGGCAAACUAGAUGCAUCAUCGUGGGUAACGCCGAGUCUGAACUUCGAGAUUGGGCGAGUGAGUGCGUAGCGAAUGGCGAGCUCUCACUCGAGCGCGUCUUUCUUGCAAGCGAGAACGAGGCACUAGGCAUUCUCCAAGGACUCGCUAAGUUCGGAUUUUGCUGUUAG